UGUGUCUUCAACAUUUCGAAAAUACUCAUUUCAACGACGAAAUGUCCUGGUAAUACGGUAAAUGGUGGACUUUUUAGAAAUAUUGCAAGACUUAUCCAAAUUCUGUAGUAAACGAAUCCAUAGCACAUUCUUAGACUAACGGAUUUGUUAUAUUUUAUAAAAGCUGGUUUUAUGUAUAUAUAUACCUUAAAUUGAAUUAAGUUGAAUUGAAUUGAAGCUCAUCACCUGCAUUACAAAGGACGAGAAUCGAAUGCUUUCUUUUUGUCUUAAAUCGCGCUAUGCUUGCAAAGUUAUUCAAAAACCCUAUAAAAAUCUAAAAACUUUACGUUGGAACAGUACGACUGUAAGAACUAGAUUUGCUCCGUCACCGACUGGGUUUCUACACCUUGGAUCUUUAAGGACUGCUUUGUUUAAUUAUUUGUGGGCUAAAAAAUGUAAUGGGAAAUUCAUUGUACGUCUAGAAGAUACCGAUCAAAAGAGAAAAGUCAAUGGCUCCGAACAGUCCAUUUAUGAUUUAUUACAAACUUUUGGACUUCAAUGGGAUGAAGGACCGAUUACGGGGGGCCCUUUCGGUCCUUAUGAGCAAUCCAAACGAUUGCACAUUUACUCGGAAUACAUUUCCAAACUUCUAGCUUCUGGAAAAGCGUAUAAAUGCUACGACGAAUGUUCAACGCAGUCUCCUAAAACGGACAAGAAUCCCUAUGUCGUCCGAUUUCGCUCGGAAGAAGGACCAAUAACCUUUGUUGAUACUGUCUAUGGAAAAAUUACGAUUAAGAGAAAUACACCCAAAGUACUUAGUGAUGAUUUUGUGCUUUUGAAAUCGGAUGGAUAUCCAACUUACCACUUUGCUAACGUAGUUGAUGAUCAUUUAAUGGGGAUCACUAAUGUAAUACGAGGUGAAGAAUGGAUUCCAUCGACACCAAAGCAUAUUCAACUUUACAAGGCGUUUCAUUGGCGCCCUCCGACAUAUUCUCAUAUUCCUUUAUUGACGAAUCCCGAUGGGUCCAAGUUAAGUAAACGACAAAAUGAUGCUCAUGUGACUAGCUUGCUUGAAAAAGGAUUUGAGCCCAUGGCCAUUCUUAACUUUCUCGCACUAAUGGGUUGGUCUUCCAGACAAAAAAACGACGUUAUCCCUUUACCACAACUUUUGGAGCUUUUUUCCAUUGAUAGACUAACAAGAGGUUCUUGUAUAGUCGCAUUGGAGAAAUUGCAAUUCCUAAACAAACAUUAUUUACGCGAAAGGAUGACCGAUCCGAAGCAACUCGAACAAAUUGUUGCUCAAAUGCAAAAAAGCUUGAAAGAAAAAUAUCCCAAUUCUGUAUCUAGAAUUUCCGACUCAGAGUACGUUUGCCGAUGUCUGCUAUUGUUACACAAUCGUGUACGAACUCUGCCAGAAUUUGUAGACCUUUGUGGCUAUUUUUUUGAAGAACCUUCACAAAAUACUAUACAACAUAGAAUGCCUUUGGCGACGAAUGUUUCCGUUCUUUUAUCGCGUCUUCUUCAUGAGUUUCAACUUUGUUCCUGGCAACCCCAAGUUCUUCAAACGAUGGUUUCGGAUGUUGCCAGCUCUUUCGGGAUCCCAUUAGGAAAGCUACAAUCUUUGAUUCGCCAAAUUCUUUGCGGAUCCGUUCCUGGCGCUAAUUUAGCAGAUACAAUUCAUUUACUCGGUCGAGAUACUACCCUUCAUAGGCUAGAGGCUUAUAAUAGAACCAUAUCAUAAUUACCUCCUACCUAAUAAAGCUCGAAUUCAACGUUUAAUACCAUUUUCACGCUUUUAUUUAUUACCCCUCUGCAAGGCACUGCGUUAUACAUUGAA